AUGUUCUACAUAGCCCCUGAACUGUCGAUUUUUGAAAGAAGAAACUGGCUUAUUCAUAUGCACUACCUAAAGAAAGAAUUUGAUGCUUGCAAGGCGUUGAUUAAGGAACAGUUAGCUGAAACACAUGGCUUAUGUGAAUACGCAAUCUAUGUUCAGGGACUAAUUCUUCGUCAAGAGGGCAAAAUUCAAGAAUCUUUGGAAAUGUUUCAGAAAGCUAGCAUUUUAAAUCCUAAAAAUAUUGAUAAUUUAAAACAGGUUGCAAGAUCUUUGUUUUUACUAGCUAGGCAUAAAGCUGCUAUAGAAGUAUACAACGAAAUUUCUCGUCAGCAAACGUCAGUUGACUGGGAAGUUCUGCAUAAUCAGGGAAUUUGUUAUUUAUAUUUAAAAGAAUUUACAAAGGCUAAAGAAUACCUUAAAGCUGCUAUUGAUAACAACCGUCACGAAAUUUCCUAUAUACAUCUUGGCCGUGUAUUUGCCUUGGAGGGGAACUUACAAAUCGCCAUUGAUACUUAUAAACAAGCCCUCGAAUUUUCUCCCGAAAAUACAGAAAUCAUGACUACUCUUGGGCUAUUGUAUAUUAAGAUUGGACAAAAUCAGAAAGCUUUCGAGCAACUUGGUCAAGCAUUAAUUUAUAACCCCUCUAAUGUGAAGGCUAUACUUGCGGCUGGAUCCAUGAUGCAAGCUCAUAAUGAUUUUGAUGUUGCUCUUAUGAAAUAUCGAAUUGCAGCAUCAGUUGAACCUGAAUCACCGCCACUGUGGAACAAUAUUGGAAUGUGCUUUUUUGGAAAGAAGAAAUUUGUUGCGGCUGUAAGCUGCCUGAAACGAGCUGCUUACUUGUCGCCCUUCAAAUGGAAGAUAAUGUAUAAUCUGGGCCUUGUUCAUUUAACAAUGCAACAAUAUGCUUCAGCAUUUCACUACCUCAGCGCUGCUAUUAACCUACGUCCAAAGUUUGGCCAGCUAUAUAUGUUACUUGCAAUAUGUCUGACACAUUUGGAAGACUCUAAUAACGCCAAAAAAGCCUACGAUCAAGCUUGCAUGCUAGACAAUUACGAUCCACUUGUAAAUCUUGAUUAUGCAAUUGCCUUGUAUAACUGGGGAGACAAACGUUCAGCAAUAAAACAACUUCGACUGUUUGAAGACAAGCUAACAAUAUUAAAAGAAGUAAAAUCAAAUGAUGUCGAUCCCGAAAUGGAAGAGGUUGGUAAUAGGCUAAAUGCAAUGCUUCAAAUUGGAGAGACAAGUUCAUGGAAAGAAACGCCAAGCCACAAAAAUGAAGGACUAAGCUCACCUGCUGAACCUAGUGCACCAAGUGUGUCCAGUGAAUUAGACGAACAAGCUAAUUUACCAUCUCCUCCUUCAGAAUCUCCAUCCGCAUCUGUUGACAAAAGUUCUGAAGAGAAACGGUCUGCAGUCCUUAGCUCAUAA